AAUGUAUCCACAAGAUAUACCAAGACUUGCAGUUGAUGGACCAUACGGAAGUGCAGCUGAUGAUACUUUUAAUUAUGAUGGUGUUAUACUUAUUGGUGCUGGAAUUGGAGUAACACCUUAUGCUGCUAUAUUAAAACAUAUACGUUCAGUUCAAUCAAAUCAUGAUCGUCUUCGUCGUGUUUAUUUUUAUUGGAUAUGUGAUACAACUUCUUGUUAUGAAUGGUUUGGUAAAAUGCUUCAAGAUAUUGAACGUGAUUUUCGAGAUCGAGCAAAUUUUUUAACUUAUAAUAUUUAUUUGACAAAAUGGUCAAUGAGACAAGCUCGAGCAGUUAUAGAAAAUAAUGCUGAUGAACGUGAUAUAUGGACCGGUUUAGAAAGUAAAACACAUUAUGGGCGACCUAAUUUUGAUGUUGAUUUUCAAGAUAUUGUUAAUGAAGACUGGCAAAUGACACAAAAACGUCAUAUUGGUGUAUUUGUUUGUGGUCCAAAACCACUUGUUAAACAACUUCAAUCCUUAUGUAUUAAAAUAAAUGAUCAUAAUUCAUCAACAAAUACAGUUCAUUUUUAUUUAAAUAAAGAAAAUUUCUAA